UUCCCUCCCCCCCACCCCCACCUUUCCUCUAAUACUAAUCACACACAGAGAUAGCUCAGCGCUGCACUGUACUUCACUUCUUAUUACUGCGCCUUCACGCAUUUCCCUCCCUCCCUCUUUGCUUUUCUUUGCUAUAUCCAUCCUUUCCUUUUCCUUUCUUUUUACUGACCUCAUCCAUCAUCAUCAUCAACAAACAUGGAAGCCACUUCGCCUCUCUCAAGUUCAACCGCAACCAGUCGUCGUCUCCAAGAAAAUCAAAGCGCUCAGCCCACCUCUGCUGCCAAGAAAACAUUCGUCGCUUCAUUGAUGGAAGCCGCCUCCCUCCGCACGCCUUCUUUCAAGGAGGACACCUACCUCAUCUGCCAUCUCAACAACUCCGAGAAGAAGGCGCUCCUGGAUCUCAAGGACCGCUUCAUGGCCGCACACGGCCCGGACUCCAUGUGGGGCAUGCCCCUGGUGGGAAACGGGGACGAGCGCGCUGACGUCAUCCUCCUCAAGUUCCUCCGUGCCCGGGAUUUCCGCGUCCAAGACGCCCUCAACAUGCUCCUCAAGUGCUUGGCGUGGAGGAAGGAAUUCACGGCCGAGUCCAUCCUGGAGGAAGACCUGGGCUUCAAGGAGCUGGAAGGAGUGGUGGCUUAUAUGCACGGCUGCGACCGACAAGGCCACCCUGUCUGCUACAAUGCCUACGGAGUCUUCAAGGACAGGGAGAUGUACGAGAGGAUCUUCGGCGACGAUGAGAAGCUCAAGAGGUUUCUGAGGUGGAGAGUCCAGGUCCUUGAGAGAGGGAUCAAGCUCCUGCAGUUCAAGCCUGGCGGGGUCAAUUCCAUCAUUCAGGUCACUGAUCUCAAGGAUAUGCCUAAAAGAGAGCUCAGAGUCGCCUCCAAUCACAUUCUCUCGCUCUUCCAAGACAACUACCCUGAAAUGGUUGCCAGAAAGAUCUUUAUAAACGUGCCAUGGUACUUCAGCCUGAUGUAUUCAAUGUUUAGUCCAUUUCUGACUCAAAGAACUAAGAGUAAGUUUGUGAUAUCCAAGGAAGGCAAUGCUGCUGAGACCCUUUACAAGUUCAUCAGACCGGAGGAGGUCCCGGUUCAAUACGGGGGAAUGAGCCGGCCGAGUGAGGCGCUGAACUGUCCGCCCAAACCGGCGUCUGAAUUCACAGUCAAAGGAGGAGAGAAAGUGAAUAUUCAAAUCGAGGGCAUUGAGGGUGGAGCAACGAUAACGUGGGACAUAGUGGUGGCCGGGUGGGAGUUGGAAUAUAGCGUGGAAUUCGUACCAAACGCGGAGGGCAGCUACACCAUCGCGGUGGAAAAGCCGCGACGGGUUCCGGCGAGUGAGGAGGCGAUUCACAACUCCUACUCCACCAGGGAAGCUGGAAAACUGGUGCUCUCCGUCGACAACUCCACCUCCCGGAGGAGGAAGGUCGCUGCAUACCGUUACAUUGUCCGCAAAUCAUCAUCAUCCACAACCGCUGUUUAAUUAUGUUAAUGAAACAAUAGACCCCCACUUGAUCAAUUAAUUAGCUAGCAUCUUUAAUCCAUCCAUCCAUCCAUCCAUCUCCCUCCUCCUGCUGCUUUUGCCGCUAAUGAAAUGUGUGGACACUUGUAAUAGAAUAAUAAAAUACUACUUACUUAUAUAUAGUAAUGAUAUGUUUUGCUUGCAUGUUGUGUCGUCGUGUUUAAACGCGAUGCUGUUGCAUCAAUAUUGCUGUGUUCCAUUAU